CACGCUGAUAUCAUGAUUAGACUACAAAAAACUAUCCAUCAAACUACAAGCAAGCUAGAAACAUGAAAUUAGUGAAAAUUUUUUUUGGCAAUGGAACAAUAAGAUAUCAAGACGUGAAAGAAAAUCUUGAAGAAAUGGAACCUUCUCAACAUAGGAUCAUGUCUUGUACUUCCUAUCCAAUAAUAUUACCGAGAAGAGAAAGAUCAAAACAUAUGCUAUUUAUGUAAGACAUUUUCUUGGAGAAGUUUUUCCUUUGAACACAUGCUAAAAGAGAUUUCAAAGACUUUUGUCUAAUUUUGGAGGGUGUGAUAUGGCCGAUUCCCGGUUUCGGUAAUCCUAUGGAGGUAAGUUUUAUUUGGUGGCAGUGACUUACAAAUUAUAUUCGUUUACGUUACUGUCCAGCUGAUUUGUUCCACUAAAACGUUUUCCAUUACAACAUUUCAAAAACAAGUGCAUAGGAUCAGAAUAUAUAUGCUACAUGAUAUAUGAAGGGAGUUAUGUUCAACAUUUUCAGGGAUAAAUAACGUUAUUGUAUUCCUUUCCUUUUCUCAUAUUUUUAUCCUAUUAUUUUUUCAUGAUAAGCUUUUAGUGAGACAAUACCUAAUGCAAAAUGGAUAAUCAAAGACGAGUGUUAAGAAUAAUGAUUAUCCACCAUAAUCCACCUUAUGAGAUAGAUACCUGUCAUAAUUUCAUAAAUGGUAUCACCCACUGCACAUAUUUUUUUCACCUUCAAUAAAAAAAUGUAUGUAAUGUUUCUGCUAUAAAUGGACUCGUCUUUAACUUGUAUAAAAUCAUUUUCUCAUGUCCUCUUUUUUAGGGGCAAAAUAUAUGUUAAUUUUGAUUUAAUUUGUUAUCCGUUUCAGUUCGAACCCAAAAUUCGGUUAUCCAUAUCUUUAUGAAACAAAGAAAAUACUGAUAUCCACUGUUCGUAAGAACAAAGCAAAUCACAAAUACUAAUAUUUUUAAGAAUGGAUAUCCGAUCUGUUAUAUGCAUAUAUAUACAUAUAUUUAAAAUUAUAUAUAUGAAUUAGAUAUCCGUUUAAAAUUUUAAAAAUUUCUGGAUAUCUAGAACAUCGCAUAUCCGGAUAGAUACAGAUCGAAUCGAAUUGGAUAAUUAGUUAUUUGGACGAAACGGAUCGGAUCAUAAAUACUUCCAAAAACCGCAAUAUUCGAUUCGUGUAAACAAAAAAGUAUAACAUUAUUAUUAUUUCCUCUCGUUUACUUUUUAAAGAAAAAAAAUUGUAUAAUAUAUAUUUUAAUACACAACAAACUGUAUAAGCAACGAGUAUAAACAUUUGAUUAAGAAAAAGCUUUCUUGGUAUCAUAGGAUUAGUAAGAAGUACUGAAAGGUGAAAUCUUUCACAGCACACAUACGCGCUUGUAUUUCUGGCUACCACACUCCAACGUGGACUAAUUUAUGGUUAUACCCCUGAAGCAAAGACCUUCCACGACAAAAACGUUGAGCGUAUAAAUGGUAUUUACACAUAAGCCGACAACAAAAAGGAGAUGACCGUUUGAUAGAUCCGCAAAUCUCAGGCGUUUCAAAUCAUUUAUUUCAUAUUAAUCACAAUCUAAGAAAUUAAAAUUUUGUUUUCCAGUUCCAACGCUAGAAAUAACCACUCGAAUCCGUUUCUCACUGAGAACUGAGAAGAGAGUUAUCUGAAUCUGUAGUUUGCUUAGAAGAAGAGGAAACAAAGAUCAUAUUUUUAACAAUGUUGAUGUCGAAUUGUGCGUCGGUGGAAGAAGAGACUAAGGAAUCUGAAUCCGUGGCGGCUACGCCUCCGAAGACGGUGGUGGUUAAGGAAGAUGACGCUGAUCAUCAUCCUUACGCGUUUCACGUAUCUGGACCGAGGAACGUAUCUUCUCCUAACUGGAGAGAUCUAAUCAAUUCCAGUUGGAAGGAUCCAAACUAUAAGAGGACAGUAAUGGCAUGUUUUAUUCAAGCAGCGUACUUACUUGAACUCGACAGACAAGAGAACCGAGACAAGCAAAACGCUCUCGCACCCAAAUGGUGGAUUCCUUUCAAGUACAAGUUAACGCAAACGCUGAUUGAUGAGAGAGACGGAUCCAUAUUUGGAGCUCUUCUUGAAUGGGACAGAUCUGCUGCAAUGGCUGAUUUAGUCGUCAUCAGACCGAGCGGUGCACCAAAAGCAGUACUUGCGCUAAGAGGAACGAUACUCAAGAGUCUUACCAUGAGACGUGAUAUCCAAGACGAUCUCCGGUUUUUAGCUUGGGAGAGUCUUAAAGGCUCUGUGAGGUUUAACGUUGCUCUCGUAGCGCUGGAGUCAGUAGCGAAGAGAUAUGGUAGCAAUAAUGUCUGUGUUGUUGGUCACUCCUUAGGAGCAGGUUUUGCAUUACAAGUUGGUAAGGCAUUGGCUAAAGAUGGGCUGUUCGUUGAUGCGCAUUUGUUCAACCCACCUUCUAUAUCUUUAGCUAUGAGCUUAAGAAACAUUGGUGAAAAAGCUGGUGUUGCUUGGAAACGACUCAUGUCGAUGCUUCCUCCGAGAAACGAGCCUUUGGUACCAAAUGGUUGUGAAGCAGAGGCUGCUCCUGGGAGUGUUUCAGGAGGGUUUAGGAACUGGGUACCGAGUUUCAACGGACAAAAUCAGAAAUCUUCUGUGGAUUUGAGAAAAUGGGUGCCUCAUUUGUAUGUGAACGACAGUGACUAUAUCUGCUGCUACUACACAGACCAGGAUGGAGUGAACGAGAAGGAAAAAUUGAACAACAACAAGGAGAACCAGAGUCCUGUUGUGAAGAACACUAUUCCUCAAGCAGCAGCAAAGCUUUUCGUGAUGUCAAAAGGGAAACAGAAGUUUCUCGAGGCGCAUGGGUUAGAACAAUGGUGGUCCGAGAAUCUAGAGCUUCAAUCAGCGAUUCACAGCAGCAGGCUGAUCACUCAGCAACUCAAGUCAUUAUACAGUGUUAAGUAAACAUCAAGCAGCAUAACCAUCUUCAUCGUUCAAUAAACACGUUUGUUCCCUUUUGCUAUCUUUACGGUUUGACCUAAGAACUUUUUUUCCGGGAAAUGUAAGUAGCAUAAGUGUAAGAAAGA